AUGAACACAACAAAAGUGAUCAUGUCAACACCUAUUAAUUCAAUGGCUACAGUUUUAACUGUGUCACAUGAAUCAAAUGUAAAUAUAAAGUUAGAAAAACCAAAUAUAAUGCCACAUGAGGAAACAUCAAAUGAUAGCUGCCAGUUAAAUGAUACAGUAAUAUUUAAUACAUUAGUUUUGAAUACAUUUAUACAAUUAUAAUAAAAUAAUAUAUAUUAUAUUUAUAAAUCAAUUAUAUUUAGGUACAUGCAUAUUCAUUUUAAAUAAGUAUCAACUACAAUAGAAAAGUUUCUAUUUUCAUUAUUAUUUUUUUUAAGUUUCUGAUGUAUCUUUUAUAUAAAAUGUAAUAUAAUUUUUUUUUUCUAGAUUUCCUUAAAUACAAAUCAAACAUUAGCAGAAAAAAUUGAUAAAAAUCCUGGUUUUAUGGUGUUAAGUCUAUGUCUGCAAAAUGUAACAGACCUUAAGAACCUUAAUAAUUUAGAGGAACCUGAUGAAGACAAAAUGUAUGGGGAAUAUGUAACACAAAGACUUUCAUUAAUAGAAAAUAAAACAGUUAAACAAUACAUUAAAUUAGAAAUAGAUAAAUUAUUUUAUUCUUAUAAGAAAAAUAUGUCUAUUGAAAAAUAA